AUGUCUAUCAAACGCAGUCAUGUCCAUAGGCGGGGACGCAAUGAUGCGAGGGAUGUCGACUUGGAUCUUGACUUGGAUCAGAACAACGCCCCCGGCAAUGAUGAAGGCGGCGUGUUAACUCUACGCAAGCGGGUCGUGACAGUCUACGAGACAAAGACCCCAGAGGGCUGGCUCGGCGGUGUAUUGACGACUCUUGAACGUGCGACCAUCACCCAAGUUGUUCAGCAGACGAUAACGGCGACUGAGGGAGACGAGGAAGCAACUCCCACACCGGCUGAGACCACUGCGAGGCAGACUGUAGAUGCUCCUGUCGCCAAGGGUACACCCUUGAGCAGCAGCAGCAGCAGCAGCAGCACCACCACCAGGAUCGCCAGUGACGAUGAUAAUUCGUCCUCGGCUCUGCCCACUGCCAUCAUAGCGUCCACGGUAUCUGAGGCGAGUUCCGGAGGCGCGCUGGCUUUGGCUAGCGAAACCGCAAGUUCGACCAGCACCUUGAAGUCAUCAACGGCUGCCGGCGCCACUGAUGCCUCGGCCGCAUCAGCCACUCAGUCGGGCUCGUCCAGCUCAGGUUCAGGUUCAAGCGAUGCUGCGACGAAGGCUGGCAUCGCGAUUGGUGUCCUCGCUGGUAUCUUUGUCGUCCUUGGCUUGGUGUAUUUUAUGAUCGCCAAGCGCAAGAAACAGAUGCGCGAGGAGCAACGUUUGGCCGAUGACGAGAAGCUCAACGGCCCAUUUGGAGAUCAUGCUCGUGCCCCUCCGACUCCAGCGAAACCCCCUCGCCUCAGUUUACGGCCAAUGACCCAGCUGUUCCUUGGUGCUCCGGCCGCAGCGGAAAAGCGAGCCAGCAAGGGGCCCCAGCAGAAUAUCGCCAUGGUCACCAGCCCGACGAUGAAGCGGGCUCCAGGUGCCAGUGCCUGGGAACGGCCCAUGACCGGUGACAGCCAGAAUGCGCAUAACCCCUUUGGAAACCAUGCGGAGACAAUUCAGGAAGAGCCUCCUGCUACGCCUCGACACCCUGCCAGCCCUAUGACGCCGAUCAGCGAGGCUAGCAUGAUUCCAUCGCCCACGUUCACACCUGGCCUCGCACCUGCUCCCCGAGCUUCUGCUAUCACGACCGAUUCUGCGGUUCUUGCUCCGAUUGUCACACACUCUCCGCCGCUCUCUCCGCAGCCCCCUCAACAAGGUCUUCCCGCUGGUGCUGUUCCUGCGCCUUUGCAAAUGAAUCCUGCUGGUAACACGGCCCCAACGCCUGCUGUGCCCGAAGCUACCUCUGUAUCGGCGGCGGCAGCUGCCGGGGCAGCCGGAGCAGUUGCCGGCGGCGCAGCCGCUGCUGGCCUUCAACGCAAGCAAUCCGUUCGAAAAGACAAUACUCCGGCGCCCCUCGACUUGACUCUGCCACCGAAGCUUGGACCUGUGCCCCCAAGUCCGGCGGGCACUGAGUUCAGCGUCCAUGAGGUAGAAUCUGGCCAGGCGCAAGAACCGUCAGCUGGCGCUGCUGCGAUAGCUGCGGCAGGUGGACCGGCAGACUCAGCAGUCCAUCGUGUCCAGCUCGACUUCAAGCCCACUAUGGAUGACGAGAUGGAACUGCGCGUUGGUCAAGUCGUGAGGCUGUUACACGAGCACUCUGCAUCCGUCUUGAUCGAUCUCAACAAGGAGUUGUCCCCCGAACUUGUCUGUCUACCCGUCCUGUCAAGCCCAGGCCACCUCAGCAAGGUCCCCGAGGACCACCAGUCAACCCCCAGGGACGACCACGAGGUCCUUCCGUGA